CGAUCACAGACGCCAUAGAACAUAUACAAUGUUGAGUCCUCUGACUAUCCAUAUGGGCCAUACCAAAACAUGGCGAGGAAAUAAGUGUAUGCACUAUAUUUGUCGGAAAAUUAAUUGCCUAAUCAUUGGUACCAACUAUUCUAGCUAAAGUAUCUAUUGUAGAAGUACGAAUCAGCUCCAUGACGCUUAUCGAUUGAGGGUCAAUUGGAACUGCACAGUUUGUUUUUUCACGGUCGGUACAGGCAGUGCACGGCGUGAUCACUGUCAACGCGAAAGGAAUGAAAGUUUGUGUACGGAUAUCGAUCAUUUGACGUGGCUAGCCGUACAUUCCACAUUGAUCGUGCGGCUCGCCAUUUGCUACUUCAUUUGUGGAACAUUUUAAGUAUUUGUAGUAUGGGAAUUGCGAGUAGUUAAAAUCCAUGUUUAAGUACAAUAAAUCUUAUUUUUGAUUUGUGCGUGGGUAGCUAACUAGCUAGCGAAUAGCGUUCAUGUUGUGGCAGACUGAAAAGUGACAGCUCUGCUGCGGACCACCUUUGUAUUACGCUGUUAUUAUCUAGCCUGCUAACUUGGCAAGCUAGCUAUCUACUUGUUUAAUCUCACAAACAUUACAAUUACAUUGUAUUUGUAGUUAGAAGCAUUCAAAUGAUCUGUCGACGACCUUCAAACAGCAUAUACGCAGUGACGUUAUUGCCAGAAUGAACGCAGUAAGAGAGUGCCGCACACGAUUGGGUCUCUGUAACGCAAUUGAACUUAGUAUACUAGCUAGAUAACUGCGUUUUACCUUGCCAUUUUUGCAGCCAUUUGUUUAUGUUAGCUAGUUAAGCUAGCAAGUCGAGUCUCAUCAGGGAUUGAUGUUCUGAGCGGGACUUGACAGCUCAGGACACAGUUAAGUUAAACAUUGGGCCACCUGGAUUUUCUACUGGCUGCUGCUUUUAUUUUGUAGCUAAAUUAUUAGCUAACUAACGUUAGCUACGACUUUUGCCAGCAUGUCUGAAAACGCCACCACACGAAGCUUGGAUGACAUAGACCUCGCAGCUUUGAGGGACCCAGCAGGGAUCUUUGAGCUGGUGGAGGUGGUGGGAAAUGGGACCUAUGGACAGGUGUACAAGGGGCGUCACGUGAAGACAGGCCAGUUGGCUGCAAUCAAGGUGAUGGACGUGACUGAGGAGGAAGAGGAAGAGAUCAAGGCUGAGAUCAACAUGCUGAAGAAGUACAGCCAUCACCGCAAUAUUGCCACCUACUAUGGAGCCUUCGUCAAGAAGAGCCCACCUGGACAUGAUGACCAGCUCUGGCUGGUGAUGGAGUUCUGUGGGGCAGGCUCAGUGACAGACCUGGUAAAGAACACCAAGGGCAACUCUCUGAAGGAGGACUGGAUUGCUUACAUCUGCAGAGAGAUCCUCAGGGGCCUCUCGCACCUCCACCAACACAAGGUCAUCCACAGAGACAUCAAGGGCCAGAACGUGCUGUUGACAGAGAACGCAGAGGUCAAACUCGUGGACUUUGGAGUGAGUGCUCAACUGGACAGGACCGUGGGGCGCAGGAACACCUUCAUUGGCACACCUUAUUGGAUGGCCCCUGAGGUCAUCGCCUGUGACGAGAACCCUGACUCUACCUAUGACUACAGGAGCGAUAUCUGGUCCCUGGGGAUCACAGCCAUAGAGACAGCAGAGGGAGCUCCUCCUCUGUGUGACAUGCACCCUAUGAGAGCUCUAUUCCUCAUCCCGAGGAACCCCCCUCCCAAACUUAAGUCCAAGAAGUGGUCUAAGAAGUUUAUAGACUUUAUAGAGGGCUGCCUGGUGAAGACGUACACCAGCCGGCCAACCACAGAGCAGCUCCUGAAGCACUCGUUCAUCCGGGACCAGCCCACGGAGCGCCAGGUCCGCAUCCAGCUCAAAGAUCACAUCGACCGCACACGCAAGAAGAGGGGCGAGAAGGAGGAGACAGAGUAUGAAUACAGUGGCAGUGAUGAGGAGGAUGAGAACCGUGGGGAAGACAGGGAGUCCAGUACCUCCAUCCUGAAUGUGCCGGGUGAGUCGACGUUGAGGCGGGACUUCUUGCGUCUUCAGCAAGAGAACAAGGAGCGCUCGGAGGCUCUGAAGAGACAGCAGGCCCAGCUGGCUGCCCAGCGUAGAGACCCAGAGGAACACAAGAGACAGCUGCUGCACGACCGACAGAAACGCAUCGAAGAGCAGAAAGAACAGCGCCGCCGCCUGGAAGAGCAACAGAGAAAAGAGCGAGAGAUGGUGAGACAGCAAGAAAAGGGUCCCCAUCGGAGACUUGACGAUAUACGGAGGGAGGAGGAUAGGAGGCUGGCUGAGAGGGAGCAGGAGUUCAUAAGAAAUAAGUUAGAGGAGGAACAGCGGCAGUUAGAAAUCCUUCAGCAGCAGCUGCUUCAGGAGCAGGCACUGCUCAUGGAGUACAAACGUAAGCAGCUGGAGGAGCAGAGGCAGUCUGAGCGUCUGCAGAGGCAGCUGCAGCAGGAGCAUGCCUACCUGGUGUCUCUGCAGCAGCAGCAACAGGACAAGAAGCCCCAGCCCCUAUACCACUACAGCAAGAACCUGGAGCCCAACAACAAGCCCGCCUGGGCCCGAGAGGUGGAGGAGCGCAGUAAGCUCAACAGGCAGGGCUCACCCAAAAUCUGCACCACUGUCUCUGACACUGCCAUCCAAUCACGCUCCGACUCCAUCAGCCAAUCCGGAGGGGGCCAGGCUACUCAGACCCCGCCUAUGCAGCGGCCUGUUGAACCUCAGGGGGGACAGGGCAAGUUCCAGAUGGCCCACUUGGUUCCGCUGAAGCCCUACGCUGCCCCUGUCCCCCGCUCCCAGUCCCUGUGUGACCAGCCCACUAAGACCAUGUCCGCCUUCCCCACCCAGGACCCAUCCCCUACCCCCACCCCCGCCCUGUCCACUCCAGAGCUGGUCCGACAGAACUCCGACCCCACCUCCGAGAGCCCCGCCCCACAGCCUCGCACAAGGGAGGACCGCGGCCCCUGGAUCCGCCUGCCAGAGAUGGAGCAGCCGCCCAAGAUUCCCCAGAGGACAGCCUCCAUUGCCACAGCUCUCAACACCAACCUUUCGUCUGGCAUCAGGCAUCCAGUCAGAGCCAGCAACCCAGACCUCAGCCGCAACGACCGCUGGGAGAGAGGAGAUAGCAUGCACCUUGUAUCCAAUCUGCCCCAGACUGGCUCUCUGGAGAGGCACCGCAUACUCAGCUCCUCCAAAAUGGACUCCCCCAUACUAGGCCAUGACGGGCGCAUGAAGGGGCACAAGCCAGGGGAGUCUCGCACCUCGUCCCGCCCCAGUCGCCCUGCUAGUUACAAGAGAGCAAUAGGAGAGGACCAUGGGCUGUAUGCUAAGGAGCGCCCUGAGGAGCAGCCCAGACCUCCGGUGAAGGCCAACGACUACUCUUCAUCCUCCGAAGGCAGUGAGAGCAGUGAGGAGAGUGAGAGUGGAGAGGGGAAUGAGGAGGAGGACAGCCCCACAGACCGUCCCCGGGAUGCAGACUCUGACUCAGUCAACACCAUGGUGGUUCAUGAGGAGGAGGGGGAGGGAGGGGAGGAGGGGCAGGCUGGAGGCUACGGGGACCAGACCAUGCUGGUGCAGAGGACACCAGAGAAGCGGAGCCACAAUGGAUACACCAACCUGCCUGACGUGGUGCAGCCCUCCCACUCCCCCACUGACUCCGCCUCCCACUCCUCCCCUGGGAAAGACUCUGUCUAUGAUUAUCAGUCCAGGGGUCUAGUCAAGGCGUCAAGUGGCAAGUCCUCCUUCACCACCUUUGUCGACCUGGGCAUGUACCAACCACCAGGCCCUGUGGAUGCCAUCUCUGUGAGCAGCCUGGGCUCCAGGUUUGAGCAGCUGAAAAUGGAGGUGAGGAAAGGCUCCAUGGUGAAUGUGAACCCCACCAACACACGCCCCCACAGCGACACCCCCGAGAUCCGCAAGUACAAGAAGAGGUUCAACUCUGAGAUCCUCUGUGCUGCUCUCUGGGGUGUGAACCUGCUGGUGGGGACGGAGAACGGUCUGAAGCUGCUGGACCGUAGUGGUCAGGGGAAGGUCUACUCCCUCAUCAACUCCCGCAGGUUCCAACAGAUGGACGUCCUGGAGGGACUCAACCUGCUCAUCACCAUAUCAGGUAAGAAGAACAAGGUGCGUGUGUACUACCUGGCCUGGCUGAGGAACAAGAUCCUUCACAAUGACCCGGAGGUGGAGAAGAAGCAGGGCUGGACCACUGUAGGGGAGAUGGAGGGAUGUGUCCACUACAAAGUGGUGAAAUAUGAGAGGAUCAAGUUCCUGGUGAUAGCUAUGAAGAACGCGGUGGAGGUAUACGCCUGGGCUCCCAAGCCUUAUCACAAAUUCAUGGCCUUCAAGUCCUUUGGUGACCUGCCCCACAGGCCCCAGUUGGUUGACCUCACAGUGGAGGAAGGACAGAGGUUGAAGGUCAUCUACGGCUCCAGUGCUGGCUUCCACGCUAUCGAUGUCGACUCUGGGAACAACUAUGACAUCUACAUCCCAGUGCAUAUCCAGAUCCAGAUAAUGCCACAUGCCAUCGUGUUCCUGCCCAGCUCAGACGGCAUGGAGAUGCUGCUGUGCUACGAGGACGAGGGAGUCUACGUCAACACCUACGGACGCAUCAUCAAAGAUGUGGUGCUGCAGUGGGGCGAGAUGCCCACCUCCGUUGCACAUAUCUGCUCUAACCAGAUCAUGGGCUGGGGAGAAAAGGCCAUAGAGAUCCGUGCUGUAGAGACAGGCCACUUGGACGGAGUCUUCAUGCACAAGAGAGCCCAGAGGCUCAAGUUCCUCUGUGAGAGGAAUGACAAGGUGUUCUUUGCCUCUGUGCGCUCCGGAGGCAGCAGCCAGGUCUACUUCAUGACCCUGAACAGGAACUGCAUCAUGAACUGGUGAAGCAACAUAGUCCCAUACGCACGCUCGCCAACACACAAGCAUACUGUAAAUCCAUUCCAGCCUAAAGCUUCACGACAAUGAGUCCAUCUCACCUGCCAUCUUCUGACUCCCCUGGUCUGAUUGAUCUCCCUCUGGAAUGGUAGCUACCUAUGAGACAUCACUACAGGCUUCUAAUGUAGUAUCUCUACUUUGUACUGUAUAUACUUGUCCUGUAUUGUUGUACCUCAGUCAGUUGGUGCGCCUGUGUUUUAGUUGUAAACUACCGUAGUUAGUUCCUUCUUAUUAGGGGUAUGUUAAAAACAUUCCUUCCUGGUGAAAUACAUUUUAAAGAAAGCAAGAUUCAACCAAUAUAAGUCCAGAUUGAAUUGUAAAUAGACGGUAUCUAACAUGUUUAAAUGGAAGAGAACAUGGGUAGAUUGAAGUCACCGGCAGACGUGUAUAUAGCGCCUCCAUUCAGGGUGUGGCCACUGACCUGAUAUAUAUACUGCACUGGCACACCCUAAGGUAUUGUUGCAACACUCAACAUGCUUCAGAUUCCCUAUGGUUUAAUUAUUCAACUCAUCAUUCAAAAAGAAAAAUAGGUAUUUGAUUAAAACUUGAUUUCAUGUUUUUAUUUUGAUGGGUUUUUUUGGAAGGAGUUUUUUUUUUUAAACUCCUCGGAAGACAGACUAUCCAUUAUGUGAACAUAGUAACAUUCUAGUCCCUGGUAAAAUGGAACAUAUUGCUGUGUUCUAGCGUCAUUCUUUCAUAUGUCUUUAUUCUCCCCGUGUUUCAUAUCGGGGAUGGAGCUAUUUACCAUUUUAGGAGCCUAUCGAACAGACUUAUGAUAUUAAACUUUUCUCUUGUUAAGAAUUUAAACAAUAUCACUGCAAACAAUUGAUAUUAUCUGUACUGUUUCUGUAUUUGGUAUUAGCCUAACUGGCAUUCUUACUUUUACUCUCUACUGUUAUAUUGCCGUUAUAUUGCAAUAUAUAUGCUGUUCUAGUGCAGUUCUUGUUCCGAGAGGGGAGUUUAGGUUGAAUUAAUUUGUUGUGUGUAAAAUGUACCAGAGGUAGGCAGUGAGGUGACUUAAGAUGUGGGGGUCGAGGGGUGAUGAAGUAUGAAGGUUUUGAUGUGACCGUAAUAUAGAGGACAUAGGAAUUGGGUGAGCGAGUGAUGUGCUUGUUAGAAUAUUAUAAUGGCAGCUGGUGUCCAUGAUCCUUACCUGGGGGAUAGUGCUGGGGUUCAGGCUCUCAUCUGGCGGCUGUAAUCCAGUGAAAAAUAGUUCCCUCUUGCUAGAUCUACUCUGUCUGUAACCUCUGUUAUUGAUGUAUUUUAUGUUCAUUGGUAUGGAUCUUGUUACGUUUGUACUCAGAUGUUGGUUUGUAGGGAUAGGGCUGCAGUGGAUAAUACUGAGCUAUCAGUGUGGUUCCAAGCAAUAGCUGUGUGAUUCUUGAGCCAGUGUUGAAAUCCACUCACUGAUGCUUUAGCAGGCCCAGUUUUGUGUCAUAUUUGUCUCUGCAAUACUGAACCAGAGGACUCCAACUCAUUGGGCACUUUCAUUUAUCAUCUUACCAAACUAGUUGUAAGGCAACAAGUUGUUGAAUAUAGUGUAAUUGCUAUUGUUUUCCCUACCAAAGUUCCCAAUUGUCCUCUGGACAUACAUGAAUCUGCUUUGAUUAUUUUAGAGAUCAGGGGAAAUGCUUAAGCUGUGGGUAUGUUAUGUAGUUUAUGCUAAAUUAAUGUUAUAUAUAUUAUAACAUUAAAUAUAUAUUAAAAUAUAUAAGGGUGUAAAGAACAGAAUCGAUUGACACACUUUUUUAGUUCCGUUACAAUUAGUCUAUUUUACUCUUAUGUGAGCAUGCUUGCAUGCACAUAUCUGAGCCAUUUAUCCUGUAUCACAAUUCCGUAUCAAUUCUGAGAUGAGUUUCUCGCUAGCCUAGUGCAUUCAAUAUCAGCUGUGUGCCAUUUGUGACUGAUAUCGCAAAUGUCACAUUUUACACACACUCAACAAGUACCUCUGGCAGCUGUGAAAAAGUCCUCAUAUCUUAGUUAGCCAAACUGCCAUGUUUACAGUUUAAGCAGUGCCUUGGAGUAGGGAAGAGACUGGGAGAUGGGUGUUGGGGGAGGGGUGAAUAUGACCCCCCCCCACUCAAUCUUCUAACUCUGAACUUCAUGAAGAAGAGGUGUUACUGACAGACGGAACAACAUAAUAAAUAGUUGCCUCCCUCGUUAAGAAUGGUGUUCUGUGCCAAUUAAGUGCACUUAAAUAGAAACCAGAACGGCCCAAUAUGUUUCAACAACUUUUAAUGUUUUACAUUGUCAAUGAUUAUAUAUUUCAUUCUGUAAUAAUAACUGCAAUGUUUACCUACUGCUCUUUAAACAUUGAAUGGACUCACCAGUUACAGGGAUUGUAUCUGUUGCCACCAUGUGGAAGAGGAAACAUUCUCUAGAGAAUUUCAACCAUCGUUAAUUUCAUGCAAUUUAAUUCAAUGCAUACAAUCUGCUUGUAUGACACAUUCAUGUGACUAGAAUAUAGGCACAGGGAGAAUGUGCAGUUGAUGGCAGCAAACGAAUUUGGAAUGUAGAAAAUGAUAUGCCUAUAAAAAUGCAUCUCUUGAUUUGAUGGUUCUCUAGACGGUGGGAGGGGGGCCAAAAUACCAUAGAAAAGCCAUAUGCUACUUUACAUUUGUUGCGAAUAGUUGAAUAGUAUUUCAUAUGUUGAAAUGAAACUGAAGCCAGUGACCUGGGUUUUGUUGUGUGGUGUUAGAGGGGCUAGAAACAUGGCGAUAAAGAAGCAGGUUUUUGCUGGUGGUCAAGUGUGUGGGCUGGCUGAGAUGCAGUGGGAAAGUAACCAACUUAAUAUAUUCUGAAAGAACUAUUUUAUUAAAGGAUAUGUCAAUUAUAUUGAGAGAUUUAAAUAAAUGAAUGUAUAUCUAUAAAACAGAUUUCUAUAACAUACUUUACUGUCUGGUAUAUUAAUUAAUCUAAGCACAAUGUAUUCUAAUCUACAGUAGUGAGGGGAAAGCUAUGAAUGUGGGUGUACGUUAAGACUGAAUGUUUGGACUGUUUUGGGGGUGUGACAGAUGCAUGAGAGUGAUGGCUGAGCUGCGUGUCUUUCCAGGUGAAGUACAGAUUCCUCUUGAUACAGCCUAACUAGUAGUCAUGCUAUUGGUUGAGAGGGAGUGACCAGUCUAUUGAAGACAUGUACUGUUCGAUGCAGGAGUAGCCAGUUGAGACAGAAAGGUGGGUGGAUGGAGAGGGUCAACAAUUUGUCAUCAAGUGAGCCAUCUAAUUUUUGUAUAGCAACGUUUCUAUUGUCAAUCCUAAAUAUAAAGUAUCAGUCAAGUGUAGUGUUACGACAAAGUUGUAACAGUAAAAUGGGCUUUGUUAAAUGAAUCAAAUUUUUCAGCCCCACAAAACAGGCAUAUCACGAAUGCUGUCCUUGCCCUAUCAAAUGUUGACACUUCUCCUUCAUAAGCAAUAUGAGUGUUAAAUUGAAUUCUCUGCUGUCUCUGUCUGUGUGACUUUGGUGGGAGGGUGUUUAUCGUGGCCUUUAGCAAACUGAAUGUAAGAUGGACUGUUUGUCUGUGUCUCAUAAUUGAGAGAUACCCAUACACUGCUUAAUCUGUUUUUUUGUCUUAAUCCCAAGAAAAUCUACUUUGUAAUCCACAGUCAGCAUAAUACACAAACAUCACUAACAGUUGUGAUUCUAGUUUUGCAUUGAUGCGUUUAUCCAGUAAUUGCCUUUAUGAGGAGGAUGAAUAAAUGAAUGAUAAAUGAUAAUACAUGAUAAUCAGUUGGGUGGGUUUCCUGCUUCUGUGUAGUGUUUUAUUACCUGCCUCUUGCUAUAAAGGCAAUGACCUGCUCCACCCAAUGUAGUCACACACUAAUCAGACACUCCAUUCACAUAUAUUAUAUAGUAAUACUGUACAACAGGGCUUUUGCCCUAGUACUACACAUCUAAUUCAAAUAAUCAAAGCUUGAUGGUUUGGUUAUUUGAAUCAGCUCUGUUCUGUUAGGGCAAAAACCAAAAUGUGCCCCAGGACCGAGUUUGGGAAUCCCUGCUGUACAACAUAAUCUUGGAUCUUGUAGAAUAAGAUUAAAGUAUGAAUGGAUUUGUGAUUUUUAAUAGGUGCUUGUGGGAACCAGUACAGGUGAACGUCUGAAAGCUGAAAAAGCUGAUUUCUUUGGAUGGGUCUAUAAUCUCUUCUACUUUUUUUUCUUUUUUCAAUCUCUUGUUUUUGAGAAAUGAAAUGUCUUUUACCAUGUUUGUUUAGUGUUUCUGCUUUGAGGGGUUAACUUCAGAUUGUAUUAGACUGAUGAACUUUAAUAUUUUAAAAGAUUGUGUUGAAUGAACUCAUGAGUCUGUAAAAGUCUUGAUGAAGAAUUGUUUGAAAAAUAAAACUAUAUUGAUCUCAUCUUAAA